AUGGUGCACCAUCAGCAUGGACUAAGGCACCUCGAGCGCCGCCAGCGCCAUAACUUUUUCCAAGAGCAGGAAGAGGAUGAUCCCGUUGAGGAGACAGUAUUUGUUACUAUGCCAAACACCUUCGCAGCUACCCAGAGCGUAGUCAUGGUGACCGUGAGCGAGAGCAACGCUAAGAGCGCCGUUGGGGGCGCGGUACAGCAGACAAGGACUCUUGCAGAGCCUGCUGUUCGCACACGAUCAAGUUCAUCAGAAGAGGAGGAAACUGCGAAAGCAACACCAACUUCGACGGCCAAGCAGAGCAGCCGCACUGCCGAAGUGACUUCGCAUAGCAGUGCCAGUGUCAGCGCCAGCGUCAGCCAUGCGCAAACGUCACUGCAGAUUGACACGUCUGCUUCGCCAGAGGUCACUGCAUCCUCUAUCAUUGGCACUGUUGCAGCUGGCGUCACUUCAGCAGCCGCCUCGGCCACUUCUUCCGCUGAAGCUGCGUCAAGUGGCAUGUCUGCAGGCGCUAAGGCUGGUCUUGCGUUGGGUAUCCUCGUCGGUAUCGGGGCUCUCUUGGGUGCUAUUCUCUUCAUCGCUCACCGCAAGAAGAAGGAGAGAGCCGCCGCUGCUUCGCAAGUGGACAACGAGAAAGCCACCUCUAUGCGUAACAUGCCUCCGCCGCCACUUGCAAAGGAGUCUACUCCCAGCAUCAGGACACAAACGAACGCGCCUCGCCUAAGCCUCCGACCCGUCACCCAGUUCGAUCCUACGUUCCCGAACCGCAAGAGUGGCGCCAACCUGCUCGGUGCCGCCGCACUUGGAGCUGGAGCUGGCGCAGCCGCCGGUAACCGCUCACCCUCACCAGACCGUCCAGGCAGCUCCUGGGAGCGACUUGGGGCUUCCAAUGCCAGUACCGCUCCCGUCAAUCCUUUCAACGACCCGCAAGCGCGCUCAAGCAGCCCUCCGCAGGAUCCUUUCGGCAACAAUGCGGCCAUUGAGACUCAACAAGCUUCUGCACCUGCAAGUCCAAUGAACUUCAAUCACUCCCCAGCCCCAAGCGCGGACUUCGGCAACCCUGCUCCUGCUAUUGCCGCCGCUGAGAAGGCACCUGUCACGGCUCCUCUUCCUAGUCCUCCCGCCGUUAAAGCUGAUAAUGUUCCUCCGAGCCCCGCUUGGACUGACGACAUUCCUGCUUCUCCUGGACCUGCUCCCUCUGGACCUUUGCCCGUCGCUGCUGGUGGUGGCGCAACUGCUGGUCCGAAUAACGUCCACCGUAUCCAGCUUGACUUCAAGCCCUCCAUGGGUGAUGAACUCGAACUUCGCGCAGGUCAACUGGUUCGCAUGCUUCACGAAUACGAUGAUGGCUGGGCGCUGUGUGUCCGUCUAGACCGCUCUCAGCAAGGUGUUGUUCCACGCACAUGUCUCUCUAAGCAUGCCGUCAAACCCCGUCAAGGACCUCCCCGCAAUGGCCCUCAAGGACCCCCUCGCAACACGCGGGGACCGCCACCGAAUGGGCCUAACGGCCCUCCCAAGGGCCACGCAGGUGUUCCCCAGCCGCGUCCUCUUUCACCCGCCAGCAACGGACGCUCGUCUCCUCAUCCGACCUCUCUUUCUCCUGCCAGCGGCCGCAUGUCUCCGGCUCCUCGCUCGGGGAGCCCAGGACCUCGUCAGAUGUCACCUCCUCAAGGACGUGGCCGGUCGAACAGCAACGCGCCCUACGCCCAACAACCUCGCUCCAUGUCCCCCGGCCCUUACGGCGGAGGACCUCAGAUGGCUCCUCCUCCACAAAUGGGCCGACCGCGCGCAAACUCUGCGAGCCAGAUUAGCCGACGUGGGUCGCCGCCUGGCCCCAGCCCCAUGAACCCCAACGUCAACCCCAACGCUCCCAUCCAGAUGCCGGCCCGGAAGCCCAUUCCCGGCCAAGCAUUGUAA